AUGGUGUGCAUAGUGAGAUGGCGUCGGUGCUGCACGGCGACUGGCCUCUACACCACUACUGACACUCGCACGACCUUGUUGCGGCCCUGCGCCGACGAACAAAGCACUUGCGACUGCAGCAAGCACCUAUCUGUCCUUAUCGCCGCUUCAGCUUCAGCCACCAUGGCUUUCCAGCAGCCACAGCAACGACCGCAACCCAGCAGGCACAUCUCCAUCCCACAGCAGCAGUCCGAAGCAGCACCAUUGUCGCCAGCACGGAAGCGCACCGUCGAAGAGUCCCCGGAAUGGAUCUUGUUCACACCGCAGAACGACGGACGCUCCGUAUCGUGCACGUCGCAAACGCCCCGCACGGCGACACAUCUCUCGGACUUUGGAUCGUUGGAAACUCAUAUCAAAUCGCAACCCCGGGGCCGAAGUCACGACGACGAGGAUGGUGGGUCCGAGGAGGACGAUGAGGCCGAACUUGACAGUCUAGAUGACGGCCUACAUGCCUUCCACCACCCUUCGUGGUCAGCCGGCUCGCAACCUCUAGAUCAGAGCGGCGGGACAGUGCUGCCAACACACGAUGGAUUUGGUGGCUUUCCUGGCUCAUCAGCGGCAUUACAGGAGCAACUGUGGCAAUUCGAGCGAUACAACCCAGCGCGGAAGAACAAGCAUGUGAGGCAGCGGAGUAGUGUGCAGCGACGGCUCGGCGUCUUGGAAGAGGAAGAGCAUCUAUCGCCGGAGGAUGAGAGGACAGCACGAAUCGAGAAGUGGCGAUUGGACCAGAGCAGAGCAGUCUUGGAGGAGAUCGAACGUGAGACUAGGCGUCGGCGAAGGCGAAUGUCCCGGAUGAGCUCUACUGUUGGCAGUGAUGUUCGGAGGCAGUCAAUACACGAUGCGCUUGCGUCGAAAGUACUGACAAGGCAAGAUUCUGUUAUCCACGAAGCAACAGAACCUGCAGAGAACGAGACAUCAAAGCCAAGCGACUCGUUCUGGCGGCGCAUUACCAGGAAAGUGAUUCAAGACCUAAUCGGCCUGGACGAGACCACGCUCUCCGUCAUCUUUGGCGAACAACUGGUCGAGGAUUCGUCUCCCACUCCCACUCAACCUUCACCCAUUGCCGCCGCUGUACAACGAGAAUCACGCGUUGCCUUCCACGACUCCAAGCCGACCUGGGAGCUCAAGCUGCUCGAUCGCAUAGCCCGCGAACUGGGCAUCUUGGUCCACCAGCUCUCCGACUUCGACGGUACUGCCUUCAAGACCUACAAGAACGCCCAACAACAGAACAUCGAAUACGCCGGCCUCCCUCGUGACUUCCCACGCCAACCAUCACUCCGACAACGAAGGCGAGCAGAGAAGGCGCGUGCUGGUGAGGCUUCAUCCGAGGCUGUCUUCACACCAACGGUGCCACAAUCGCCACUACCGCAGACAGAAGAGACGGAUACAUCGUUGUGGGGCAUCGAGGAAGAGCCAGAGGAGGCUGCCGAUGAUGAGACUGUCGCACUGCAGCAAGAGCGCGAGUACUGGGAGAAGGAUAUCGACGUGAAGAUGAUCUUCCAAUACCUCAAAGACCGCUUCGCGAAACAGUCUGAAGACGCACCCGUUGCCCCGGCCGAGCUCAGCGGACCACUUCCUGCAUCCUGGGCGACGAAUGUUGGCGCUUCGGCCUCAGCUUUGAGCACAUCACCCGAAGGUCUGCGCAGAGCUGAGAUCAUCAAGAGACAGCACCCGCUCGUGUCGCGUGCCGCCGAACGCGCAGCACAGCGCGCUGAGGCCACCGCUGCGCAGAAUCGAAGGCGGGAAUCACUGCUGCGACGACAUCAGAUGCAGACGUUGAUGCAGAAGAGGAGCAGCAGCUGUGCUAGUCAGAGCACUAAGCGUAGUCGACACAGCAGAAGCGGUAGCUCGCGACAUUACUGGGAUCUUGGUGGGAGUGUGGGCAGUCAUGGUAGUGGGCCUGCCAUGUCUUCUGCACUGGGUGGAUGGGGCGAGGUGUAA